AUGCUUGGGGGAGACUUGGCCGCAGCCGCCCCGGAGCCCCAGUGGAGGUUCCAGCGCUCGGUGGGAGUGGACUGUAGCGGUGUGGAGCCACGCUGCAUUUGGCUCGCCGCUCGGAGCGCCUCACCCGGUGCUGAACCCGGACCCCCCGGCCCCCGGAGACCCCCGCUGUGCCAUCACAUGACGUGGGUUAAAGGGGAGAGGGAUGGCAUCACAUUGUCCAACAAGAACCGGCGGCGUCCUCUGUCGUCCGGCGAAGUGGAGGGGUUUUCAUGGCGAGGUCCCAGGACAAUUGUGCUCCAGAAAAACUCCCAGGGCUUUGGCUUCACGCUGCGUCAUUUCAUCGUCUAUCCACCAGAUGCGUCUCUCCACUCUCUCAAGGACAAAGAGAACGGAAACACAUCUGGGAAAGGAGGUUCUCAUUCGCGCCUGGAGCCCAUGGACACCAUCUUUGUGAAGAGUGUUCGGGAGAGUGGUCCGGCUCAGGCAGCGGGACUGUGCUCAGGGGACCGCCUGGUUAAAGUUAACGGAGAAAGUAUUUUGGGAAAAACGUACUCUCAAGUGAUUGCACUCAUCCAGAACAGUGACAGCAUACUGGAGCUGUCCAUUGUACCCAAAGACCAAGACAUUCUACAGCUGGCCUGCUCCCAGGACGCCUAUCUCAGGACAAAUCAUCCUCAUCAUGAAGAAGUGCACAUCCAGUCACGGCCCCCACCGCUCUGUGAUUCCUGCUCCAGACCCCGCCCCCUGAGCACAUUGGACAACUGCCCCUGUCGAGCGGUUUUCUCCCCCCAGGACCACGCGGACACCGGCCAGGACUAUGUGCCAAACACAAACAAGAUUCGAUCAUCUGCAACACUCACUGCUUUGGACUUUCACUUCAGAAAUCACCAUGAGGCAAUAGCGUCGGCCACUCUCCCACCCCCUCGUAAAAGUAGCCUUCCUGCGUCCAGCCGGGCGGAGGCCCUGUGCCGACAGGCCCUGUCUGAAUGGUACUACAGCCAGGCGCAGGCUGCAGAGAACCUGUCCCCCCGCAACCGUGGAGUGUCCCAGGACCGGCUGGCCGGACUGGGCAUAGCACUGGGAGUGGACCCUGGCUUUGGCGAGCCACACCACACAAACAGCUUGCAGCACCAUCGACAGGUGGCUACAGCCACGUUUCAGGACUCUUACAGACAAGGAGGCGGCACAGACGCCCCUGACACAAGAAGAGCAUGUUCCCAGCCUCUUGUAGCUGCCUAUGCAGACUAUGAGCAGAACUAUGGCCGCUCUGUGGAAAUGUUGAAACAUGCAAAUACACUGGUAUCUCCUCAAAGCCAGCUCUCCUAUCACAAAGAUCCAGAGCCUCAGCAAGAACCCUCCCCUCGUGUGCCCCCCACCGUCAGAAAGAGCCGUCAGCAGGUCGCUGAACCCCAGACUCCUCGGAGUACACCUGAGGUGGACUACUCUAACUACAACCAAUCCUGUGGGUCCAGAAAGAGCUUGCAUCUCCCUCAACACGCACAAACCUUCACAGAGGACUGUCAUAACACAGCCCAUGACUGGGAAGGUCCCAAAAGACCCCUGUCCUCUCCUGUCCUGCCUGAGGAGGUGGGGACAAGGCCCACAAAGCAGGACGUCAUCCUGAGAAAGAAGCCCACUCACAGCGGCAGGACCAAUGGGAGCCUGGCCCAGCAGGCCAUGGAUUCACUGUCCUCCAUCCCGUUCAUAGCGAGCAUGAAAAGCCGCCGCUCCUCGUACCUGCUGGCCGUCACCACAGAGAGAUCCAAGUCCUGCGACGAAGGACUCAACAUCUUCAAAGACGAGAGCCGAGUCUUCUCGAAACUUCCAAAAAGAGUGAAGAGCUUCUUCCUGGACGGGUCUCUGGACAGUCUGCGAGCGCAGGAGGACGCUCGCUCCAAACGCCAUUCCACCUCAGAGCUCGGCACGACGGCUGUCAGCGAUGUGCGCAAAGAGGGCUGGCUGCACUGCAAACAGGUGCUCAGCGAGAAGGGAAAGAAGGUUGGGGCUGGUAUUCGACCGUGGAAGCGUGUUUUCUCAGUUCUACGUUCGCACUCGCUGUUCGUCUACAAAGACAAGAGGGAGGCAGUCCUUCAUGGAGCUGGGGCUGUCCCGGGACAAGAGGAGCAUUCUCCCAUCAGCGUUCACGGCUGCCUCAUAGACAUCGCCUACAGUGAAACAAAACGCAAACAUGUUCUCCGCCUCACCACCCAGGACUUCUGUGAAUACCUCCUGCAGGCGGAGAGCCGUGAAGACAUGCUGAGCUGGAUCAAAACCAUCCGCGACAGCAGCAAAAGUGACAGCGAGGAGAAUGGAUUCAGACAAGCUUUGAUUAACAAGAAGUUGAAUGACUACAGAAAACAAAGUCUGACCGGUCACAGGCAAGACGUCUCUCCCAAAAGCCACCGCACUGCACCGCCUUCAGACAACAGAGCAGAGGACAACAAGAGUCCAUGGAGCAUCAAUCUGAUGAAGAAGAGCAAAAAGAGCAGUACUCCAAAAGCUUUUGGAGUGCGUCUCGAGGACUGUCAACCCGCCAUUAACCAUAAAUUUGUGCCUCUGAUUGUGGAGAUGUGUUGUGCCGUGGUGGAGUCUAUGGGACUAGAAUACACCGGGAUCUACCGAGUCCCAGGAAACAACGCCCUGGUGUCCAGUCUGCAGGAGCACCUCAAUAAAGGGCUGGACAUCAACAGCGGGGACGAGCGGUUCCAGGACCUGAACGUCAUCAGCAGUUUGCUAAAGUCUUUCUUCAGAAAACUUCCAGAACCCCUGUUUACAGACGAUAAAUACAGUUUGUUCAUUGAAGCCAAUCGGAUUGAGGACGCAGACAGCAGACUCAAAACCAUGAAGAAACUGAUCCACAGUCUCCCCGACCACUACUUUCACACUCUGAAGUUCUUGUUGGAACACCUCAGGCGAGUGGCCGACUGCUCCGAGAAGAAUAAGAUGGAACCCCGUAAUCUGGCCCUGGUGUUUGGCCCCACUCUGGUCCGGACGUCUGAGGACAACAUGAUGGACAUGGUGACGCACAUGGCUGACCGCUACAAGAUCAUAGAGACGCUCAUUCUGCACAGUGACUGGUUCUUCUCAGACGGACCGUUGGACAAAGAGAAGGCCCCAGAGCAUGACACGGACUCUUCUCCAGUUCCCAACAUCGACCACCUGCUGUGCAACAUCGGCCGCACCGGAGACUGCGACGCAGAGAGAGUGGAGGCCCCGCUGCGCUUGUGUUUUUAUUUUCUUCUAGAUUCCACCAUCGAUUCACUUAAUCUAAAGAUUUCAUUGAGCCCCAAGAAUGCCAAGGACUUCAUCUCUGCUGUUACCCGCAAACGCAAGAUAUCACCCACGGACCGUCUCCCGGGAAUCAGCUCAGAGGAAGACUUGGAGCAUGAGCCAGUCAAAUCCAGCAACAUGAGGGGGCAGCAGGAAGGGGAGCGAGGUAGCUCCAAGACCCAGAGUGAGGUCCAAACAGAGGACCAGGAACAGGAGGAUGUGUCCGACCAAAAAGAGGUUAAAAGUGAAAUGAAGGUAACGUUUGAAAAGACCAAGGAAUCACAGCGAGAGACACUGACGAUGCCCAGACCACUGAGGAGGAGCGCAGGAGUGAGGCGCAGACUGCUCCGUCCGCACAGUUUCCACCAGCUGCAGCCUCCACCUGAGACCCCUGCUCCACCUCACACUUACUCCUGUAGAACAGGGCCGGGAGUAGGGCUGGGAGCAGUGGGAUCAGGGCUGGGAGCAGUGGGAUCAGGGCUGGGAGCAGUGGGAGCAGGGCAGGGAGCAGUGGGAGCAGGGCUGGGAGCAGUGGGAGCAGGGCAGGGAGCAGGGUUGGAAAGCCCAGCCUGGUUCUCUCGCUCCAGGAUCCCUCUGGUGAACACCUCCAGUUUCUAUGUGAGCCCCUCCAGUAACUGGGGUCCAGCAGUUCAACUCCGCAGAAAGAAAACCCCCUCUGCUCGCAGCAGGGCUUUGUCCAUGACUCUGGAACUUGAGGAUCGAGCCCGAGGCUGGAGCUCCGACAAGGUGGAGGUCAUACAAGUCAACGAGAGCGGAGUUCCACUAGGAUCUGCAAUCGCAACAGUGUCAUUUCAACAGGCCAAUCCAGAGCCAUGGGGGGCAGCAGGCACUUAUCUCUGGUCAGACCCCAGGUCUUCUAGGUCCUCAGUGGUGCUGAGAAAACUCUCAAAGCCCCGAGAGCAGAACCGAGGAUGGCGGCGCCACACAGUGGUGGUAUAA